ACGUUCAGUCGAGAAUAUAUUUCCGAGCUUUCGGCUCUUCCUCUCCUCCACGCCUCUUCCCCGUCCUCCCGUCCCUCAAUGGAAGCCCUUGGAACUCCGUAAAAUAGACAAAAGCCCCGCUGCCGAACAAUUCGUCUAUUCUGCUGCGCGGUUACGAGCGAACGAGCUUGAGCGUAUAACAUAUUCGUAUGGUCUCGUGUCGUCCUCGUUCCUCCUGAAAUCCCGGUCGUCGAUGAUCCUUCUCCCUACCCUGCACGCAUCUCUCCAAGCCUCCCCUCCCUCCACCCCUCUUCAUGUGGACGAGGACGGUGCAGCUUCCGCUACCCUCCACGCGUUCUUGGCUUUUGCAGCGAUGCAACCAAAUGAAUGGCGACUUGUUGCGACACAUCGGCUGAAGAUGCGCGUCAUACGAACGGCCAACACUGUUAACAACGUAGUUGUACCUGCUGCGCAUCGUAUCGGUAUCUCGAUGCUCUUUCGACAGAGGAAAGAUAGAUGGGAUUUCAAUCGCUUGCAAAAACACACCGCCAUCGUGAAGAUGCUCCCACGGAUGGCGAAAGAACACCGUGUACGAGGGUGA